AUGUCGCCCUUUGUGCCUCCCUCUCCACUCUCCAUCUCGCACACUCCCUGCCACCCCGAUCCGCAUCCCCAACGACGACAACUGCCCUCUUCUUCCGCCGCUCAAGAGCACGGCGACGCCGCCAGCUGCGGGGAAGCCUCGGCCGUUUCGCGACAGUCCCCGGAAGCCGGCAGCAGGGCGAUCCAUCGAGGUUCUGCCCUCAAUCUGACGCCAAUAAUUCCCACAGACCCCCAAAUGACCGACCACGGACGCUCGUCCACAGACGAGGCUCCCGCAGACCUCUUGCCCUCUCUAGAACCGUCUGUCUCCCGCGAAUCUCGCACAAUCGCGUCGCUUCCGGCGUCUCCGUUCCAGCACAUCCCUCACCGACCGGCUCCCAUAUCGUCCCGUAACCACCACCACCACCAGAGUGCCAAAUCCAUCGAUGGCAUCCCCCGACAGACUCUGAUGAAAGCGCUCGCGUCGCAGGCCUCCUCGUCGGCCGAAUCGCCCUCCCUCUCUAUCGCAACUUCGUUGGCCGAAAUGCUCAGCCCAACCAGUAACGCCGGAUCCGAUCAACAAACUGGUGACACGAGGUUACACCGACAGCUUUCAGCAGCUCUAUCAGCAAAGCCACUUACCUUCUCCGAUGAAGACACCCCCUCAACUGCCCGGUUUCCCCUGAAAUCUCCCUGCUAUUAUCACCAGCGAUUCGAUGGAGCGGUUAACAUACAAAGAGUGCUGGAGGAGAUCGCUGCGGACGAAUGGAUGUCUCAUUCAAGGCUGAUGCAGACGGCCACGGGUGUCCGUGAGGUGUCAAAGCAGCUCCAGCGGCGUCCUAUCAAGGUCGCUGUGAAGAAUGUGAUGAUCGUCACAAAGGCUCGGGAUAACGGACUGGUUUAUCUAACGAGAGAACUUGCUGAAUGGUUGCUCAGCACCCCCAGAUACGGCAGCGACCUCGGCGUCAAUGUCUACGUCGAUUCAAAGCUGCGCAGGUCAGCGCGGUUUGAUGCCCCAGGCCUGCUUCGGAAAGAGCCUCGUUUCGAAUCGAUGUUGAAGUACUGGACGCCAGACCUGUGCUGGACAUCUCCAGAGACGUUCGACCUGGUGAUCACGCUGGGCGGCGACGGAACCGUGCUUUUCACGUCUUGGCUCUUCCAGCGAAUUGUUCCUCCAAUUCUAGCAUUUUCUCUCGGGAGCCUCGGCUUUUUGACGAACUUCGAGUUUUCGAAAUAUAAAGAACAUCUCAACCACAUUAUGGGAGAUGUCGGCAUGCGCGUGAAUCUUCGCAUGAGAUUCACGUGUACCGUCUACCGUGCAGACCACAGUAAUAAACAUAGGCCUGGCGCUGUCGAGGAAGGAGAACAGUUCGAGGUUGUAAAUGAGCUCGUUAUCGACCGUGGACCUUCUCCAUAUGUCUCUAAUUUAGAAGUAUACGGCGAUGACGAGCUCUUGACUAUCGUCCAGGCGGACGGAUGCAUCCUGUCUACACCCACAGGCUCAACUGCAUACUCACUCUCAGCUGGUGGAUCUCUGAUCCAUCCCUCUAUCCCUGCCAUUCUCCUCACACCCAUCUGCCCACAUACACUUUCAUUCCGCCCCAUGGUCCUCUCCGACACUCUUCUCCUCCGUAUUGCUAUCCCACCAGGCUCUCGCUCCACAGCAUACUGUUCCUUCGACGGCAAAGGACGUAUUGAGCUAUGCCCGGGUGACUAUGUCACCCUCGAAGCUAGUCAAUACCCAUUCCCCACCGUUGUCUCCGGUGGCGGCGAAUGGUUCGAGAGCGUACGACGUACCCUAUGCUGGAACGUGAGGGGCGCCGUACAAAAGGGGUGGAGUAGCAAAUCCCAUCGGCCAGAGGGAGAACAGAUGGGACUCGACCCGAUGGGCACCCCAAGAGGGCAAGCUCCUGAAGCGGUAGCUGACGAACAAGACGAUGAAGAGGAAAAAUGGGACAUCGACACUGACAGCUACACCGACUUCGGCCAGGGGACGGACAGUGGGCUGGGUCCCAGCGAGUGCGGGGAUAGUCCUGGCACGACGAGUCCCCUAAAGAGAGUGAUGAGUUUGUUGAAUAUGUGA